UUGACGGAAAAAACGCGAUUUCACUUCCACUGCACUUCCUCUAAGCGAACUGGUUCUGGAGCCCUAAAAUGCUACAGUACUUCCGAUUGCUCUGCCUAUACCUGUCCCCUUGGUAGAUCAUCUUUGGGCAUACAUCCUCCCUGCUGCCGUCGCAGCGUAAUCCGCCCCGCCCCUCCCCUCUUUGUAGUUCUAAUCUCACUGUCUCUUACGUGCUUCUCAAUUCUUAUCAUGAUCAACACAGAUGGGUUCUAUCUCGUAUUGGGGUCCGUUUUCCUUCCUACAUCCAUAGACUUCCAGUGGUUGAGAUUCUAGCUCCAAUUCUGAAGGUCAGCAUUGUUGACCGCAGUAUGGUUCCCUUUGAUUUGCGUUGUGUGCAUUCUUCGUACAGUCGACGUCUAGAUAAUUGUUAACCGUGAGACAUUUAGGACGCUAGGACAUAUCCUGACAGGACCAUGUAUUCGUACUGUAUUAAUUAGCUUUAUUUUUUUUUUAAUCUUUCUCCUGCUGAAACAUAAGUCUAGCCCUUUCGUGAUUCCUCUACAAAAGAUAAGGAGUUCAAGAGCGAUUAUGGGUUAGACCUGGCUGGGUGUUAGGGUAAAUUAUAUUUACAUGCUAAUAAUUAUGAUUCAUGAGGAAUUUUGAAAAGCGCAUGGUUAGCUCGUUAGAGUAACGAAUUAGUAAAAAUUACAUAUAUGGCGCAGAUUUAUUUACUAGUAUGAUACUAUCAUCUGGAGUAAUAGAGCAUGGAAGUGAAACUUAUGUACUAUUAUCCCUGCUUUUUUCUUUCUGAUAAGUUUGACAAUGUCUCCAAUCAUCCUUAUAUGAAUCUCUCAUCUUCUGCAGCUACAGCACAUUUCUUCCCUUACUUUUUUUGUGGUUAUGUUUACAUAAAGGUCCAUGGAGGGUAUAGAACCUGAUAUAAAAAGCCAUCCACCAGAAUAUGAUGUGCAAAAUGAAGGUCAAACAUCUGGAGCAGCAACUGACACCGGAGCAGAGUCAAAGCCCCAGGGCUUCUUCAAUUGCAGAUUGUGACAUGGUCUUUGAUACUGAGAAUGAGCGCGCAAGCCCAAAUAUUGGUCCUGUUGACCAAACUCAUAUGGGAAAUAAUGAUGAUUGUCUGAAUUCAAGCAUUUCUUGUGAUAACAAUUUUCAGAUUGAUGCUGCAAAUGGAAAUCUGUCUCAGGAAUUCAACAUUUCUUCUGUUGAUGUGUCAAGUAACAGUAAUGUCAUAACAGCUGAGGAGGAGCUGUGCAUGAUACCAAAAAUUGGCAUGGAGUUUGAUUCAGAAGACCAUGCUUACAAGUAUUAUAGCAGGUAUGCUGUUUUGAAAGGUUUCAGCAUAAGAAAAGAUUUUGUCAACAAAAGUAGGGUGAAUGGUGCGGUGGUAUCUAGAAGAUACACUUGCUAUAGACAGGGUUAUGGGCCUAAUAAACAUAGUGCCAAUGUAAGGAAAUCCCAUCUGGAAACAAGGACUGGAUGCCUGGCGCAUAUGACUAUUGCUCGUCAGCCUAAUGGCAAGUUUCAUGUCACUCAUUUUGAAGCAGGGCACAAUCAUGAGUUUGCAACACCCUGUACGGCUUAUAUGUUACCAUCACAGAGAAGAUUGAGUUUUGCUCAAGCAGUUGAAUCUAACUUGUCUAAUAAUUCUGUGUUGGAUGGGGUACCAAAACUUGGAAUGGGAUUUGACUCAGAAGAUCAUGCAUAUGACUUUUAUAAUACAUAUGCUGGACGUGUAGGUUUCAGUGUUCGGAAAGAUUAUGUAAAUAGAAGUAAAAUUGAUGGUGCUGUCGCAUCUAGGAGGUUCACAUGCUUUCGGGAAGGUUUUCGGCAGAAAGACAAACGUGAUAUGACUGUGAAGAGGCCUCGAAAAGAGACUAGAAUUGGAUGUUUAGCACAACUGGUCAUUUCUCGUCAGCCUGAUGGUAGAUAUUGUGUAACUCAUUUUGAAGAAAAGCAUAAUCAUGAGCUUGUUGCUGCUUGUAGAGUUCACAUGUUACGAUCACAGAAGAGAAUAGCCACAAAUCAAGCCAUUGAGAGCAACAUGCUAGAUGGUUCCAAGGUGCAUCCUAAGUCUGGACCAAAUUGCAAGGCUAUUAAAGGUUUAGAUGAUACGGGUUGUGACCCCAUAGAAUAUGGAAAUAAAUUGCCUUUCAAGCACACAAGAGAAAUGAAAGAGGGAGAAAUUGAAAAGCUAAAGCAUCACUUUCGAAGCAAGCGAUCCAAAAAUCCUUCCUUCUUUUAUGCCUUCCAACGUGAUUCUAGUGAUCAAAUAACUAAUAUGUUUUGGGCAGACACAAAGAUGGUAGGAGACUACUGUGAUUUUGGUGAUGUUGUUUGCUUUGAUUGUAGUUACAGAUUUUGUAGAGACUCCCGCCCAUUUGCUCCAUUUCUUGGUGUCAAUAAUCACAAGCAAAUGGUUAUCUUUGGGGCUGCACUUCUAUAUGAUGAAACAGUUGAAUCUUUCAAGUGGCUAUUUCAAGUUUUCUUGGAGGCAAUGUCCAGGAGACAGCCAAAGACAAUUCUUAUAGAUCAAGAUGAAAUAAUAGCUGAAGCAGUCUCUUCUGUCUUGCUUGAAACCAACUGCCAAAUCUGUGCUUGGCAUGUGUACCAAAAUACACUAAAUCAACUCAGUCACCUGUCUGUGGGAUCUAAUUCUUUUGUUAAUGACUUGAGAAGCUGUUUUUUUGAUCACGAGGAGGAGGAAGGCUUGGUUAAUGCAUGGAAUGAUUUCCUGAACAGGUAUAAUCUUUGGAAAAAUGAAUGGUUGUGUCGAAUAUAUGAAAGCAGAGACAAUUGGGCCCCAGCAUAUGGAAGGCAAAAUUUCUGUGCUGACAUAACAAGUCUGCUGUGGAAAGAAAAUCUUAUUGGUAGCUUGAAGAAGCACCUAACGAAUGAUACAGAUGUGAUCUCAUUUCUCAAGCAUCUUGGGAAGGUGGUGACUGAUUGGCACUAUAAGGAAUUAGAAGCCAAUUAUGAUAUGAGCCUGCGUAUGCCAGCACUGAUGGGAGAUGUGAUUCUUUUGAAGCAUGCAAGAGAUCCAUACACACCAAAGAUAUUUGAAUUAUUUCAGAAAGAAUAUGAAACUUGUUUAAAUCUAGUGAUAAAGCAUUGCAGUGAGAGUGGAUCAUUGUACAAGUAUAAAGUUAGCUUAUAUGAACACGUACGAGAGUAUACAGUUACCUUUAAUUCAUCUAACGAGACUGUCAGUUGCAGCUGUAUGAAAUUUGAGUCCAUGGGAGUCUUAUGCAGCCAUGCAUUGAAAGUCCUUGAUUACAGGAAUAUAAGGAUACUUCCAUCAUUGUACAUCUUAAAGAGAUGGACAAAAGACGCGAGUUUUUUGAGGCAAACUUGAAAACACCAAUAGAAGUGAAUGGUGAACAUUAUCUUCCUAAGGUGAUAAUCACAUGAUAGGGCAUUAUCAUUAGUUACAAGGAAUCAUUUUGUUUGGCUACAUUACCUUCAAAUGUAAAACGAGCAGCCAUGUGACUGGCAUGUGUAUAGUGUAACAUUGUCUCCCUGAAUUGGUGAUUACGCACGUAUCAUAUGAAUAAAUCAUGCCCUCGAUUGUUGAUCUUAUCAGGGUUCGGAGUUCUUUAUGCAUUCCCUUGGUUGUGAAGAAGCAGUUUUUUCUUCCCUUACAUAUUCUUCAAAAGCAAAUAAUGUCAAUUGACGGUUUUUCUUUUUGUCAUUUAGAAUUGAAAUUGGCUUCAUGGAA